AUGGACGUCUGGGGUAUUCUGACGGUUACGUCUCUGUGUCUCCUGCUGCGUGUGCGAGGUGAUGGAGACUUCGAUUUGGCGGACGCUCUUGAUGACCACGACCCGGACCCCACCAAGAAGCCCAGCUCAGGCCUCUACCCCAGCCUGCCCAAGCCGCAGCCCGGCCGGCCGGACACCAGCGGGAACAUCUACCCCCCGCCCAGGCCGGCCCCCGCCCGCCCGCAGCCCGGAGGAGGCUCCGCCGGAGGAGGAGGAGGUUAUUACAAUGACGCCCACGACGAGGGCCGCUACCCGCCCAGACCCCGGCCCCCGGCAGCGGGCGGCUUUGGCGGUGGCGGUGGCGGGAGCCACAACCCGGGAUACGACGGAUACGGCAACACGCACGGAGGUGGGCGCCACAGACCCAAUCCACACGGCAGCAGCUACGGAAACGGCUAUUCCACCUACGGCGACCAGCACGGCGGCAACACCGUGGCCAAAGUGGUGUCUCCGAUCGUGUCCAUGGUGGUGGUGACCCUGGUGGGGGCGGCCGUCGGCUACUACAACCGGAGGGGCAACUGCUGCAGGAGAAACAACG